AUGCAGGGCCUAUCUCUUGAUGCUAAGAAUUUGAAGGAUUUCUGGAAGUAUGACCCUCACCUCUUUGAUGGAUCCUUGGGGGACCCCACCAAAGCAAAGAUGUGGUUGUCAUCUAUUGAGACAAUAUUCCGUUUUAUGUGGUAUCCGGAAGAGCAGAAGCUUCAAUGCACAGUCUUCAUAUUGAUUGGUAAUGUGGAAAUCUGGUGGCGUUCAGCAGAAAAUAUGAUUGAUACUGGUGGUGAACUUGCAACCUGGGAGCAGUUAAAGGAGCGCUUUUAUGAGAAUCACCGAGGCAGCAAGGACAAAGAGAUUCAUCUAGGGCCAAGGGGCGGACUGCGAGGAAUAGUGCAUGCCUUGGAUCUCAAGAUGUAUGUUGCGGCACUACGGGCUGCCAUGAGGGUUGAUGUCGACUCCCAGGUGGGAGAGGAAUACAGGAGGUCGCUUGGGAUUGGGACCUCCAUAGGUCAGAAAAGGAAGAAGGGACAUAUGUCAGAUAGAUGCUCGAGGAGGAACGCGCCUGAACACAGGGACCAGCCCGUAAGUUCAUUUAAGGGAGGCCCGAGUCGUCAGCAACAGCAGGGUAGGGUGUUUUCUACCACACGACAUGAGGCCGAGAAGUCAGGCAUCAUGGUGAUAAGUACACUUCCCAUUUUGGGACACUAUGCUUUAGUUUUAUUUGACUCUGGCUCUUCGCAUUCCUUUAUUUCUGCUGUAUUUGUGAGGCAUGCCAUGAUAGACUCAGAAUCUUUUCCAUUUACAUUGUCCAUUUCCACUCCAUCAGGAGAGUUCAUGUUAGAUAUAGAAAAGAUAAAAGCAUGUCAAGUAGAGGUAGCCAAUCGUGCAUUAGAUGUAACCUUAAUAAUUUUAGAUAUACGCGAUUUUGAUGUGUUAUUAGGCAUAGAUUGGUUAGCUACUAAUCAUGCCAGCAUAGAUUGCUCCCAUAAGCAGGUCAUCUUUAACCCUCCUACAGGAGCCAGUUUUAAGUUUAGAGGGGUUGGGACCGUAGUUCUACCCAUAGUGAUUUCCGCAUUGAAGACCGGUAGACUAUACGACCAAGUAGCCUGGGGCUUUAUGGCUAGUGUGGUGGACACUAGAGAGACUGAAGUCACCUUGACUUUGGAGCCAGUAGUGAGGGAUUUUCCAGACGUUUUUCCAGAAGAUCUUCUCGGACUGCCCCCACAGCGGGAGGUAGAUUUUGCUAUUGAGUUAGAGCCAGGCACAACCUCUAUUUCGAAGGCUCCAUACACGAUGGCCCCAGCAGAGUUGAAGGAACUAAAGUUCCAAUUGCAGGAGUUGUUGGACAAGUGGUGCACUUAUUUUGUUUGUAAAGGUUGA